UCCUGAUCAUCUCAUAACUUUUUUUUUCGACAAUGGGCUUCGCGAAGGAAAAGCGUCUCGGGAGUAUUCAGAGUUGAAUAAUCAACGAUUCAUAAAAUACUGAAAAAUAAUAGUUUCUUUUGCGGCUCCAAGUAAGUAAAGGAACGAAUGAUAACAAUGAAUGAGACAAUGAAACUCAGUGGGCUCUCGUAUAAACAACUUCAAGCCCUAGCGAUCACAUAUAAAGUACCGGGGAAUAUUAGAAAAAAUCUUCUAAUAAAAGUUCUCGAAGCUGUGAGAGAGGGCGAUGAUGUUGAGGUAAACAAGUUACUGCGUGAGCUACAUCAAACAAGAAAAAAACGUGCCAAAAAAUCUACCAAACAAUUGGAAAAAAUAUUAGAUCUAGAGCCAAUAACAAGCUACAGCCCCGACUUUGAUCAAAAUAAUUGUUACUCUGUUGUAAAUGUUUCUCAAGCUCAACGUGGAUCGCUGAUGAAUACUGAAAGAGAGGACACAAUAACAAGAGAUUCUAAUCGCGAUGAGAAUCAAGUGCAAAUACCAAUUUAUCCGGAAUUUAAUCAAUUCUUGGAAGAAGGAAUUCAGGAUGAAUAUUGCUAUCAUGCUAAUGCCAAUGAGCGAUCCCAGAGUCCUACAGUUGUUGAUUUACGAAUAAAUCCUUAUAAAAUGGCUGAAUGGAAUGAAAUUGAGAUGCAUAACAAAAAUCGCUUUGCCGAUUUUAUACAUGAUGAGAAGGCUUCUUCAGUUAUUGAUUACAAAAGUUACAAUAACAUUGAUUCUAGUCAAAUGAUCCAGUAUGAAAGCCCAAGAUUAUUGAAGAAAAUGCUUCAGGCACCAGUAGGCGUUAAUUUAAAGCAGCUGGUCAAUUAUGAAGAUUCAUAUGAUAUACCGACAAUAAACAAUGAUAUAUUCGAUGAUUCUGACACUUUAACAGCUGACUCAGACAUUAAUAUCAAUGAUAAUCGAAUUGACUCUGAUUAUUAUCAUCAUUAUCAUCAUAGUAAUAAUAAUAAUAAUACUAAUUGGCAUGGAAGUAACAUUGACAAUAUCUUCAAAGCUUAUGGUGAUGAUCGUAUUGAACACUACGGAUUUAGUUACCAUGCUUAUUCCAAUGAUGUUAUUGAAAAUUGUCAAAAAUGGCUGGCCAAUUCAUCGUUAAUGCUUAACAAUAAUGCUAAUAAUAAUAACAUAGUAAAUAUCGUUAAUAAUAACGAUUACUGUAAUCAAAAUCACAGUCACUACUCUCCCGGAGUGACUAUUACAAAUCAUGAGAAUCCACUGCAUUAUCAUAAUACUGAUGAUCAAUACUACAAUUUCAAUAUCACUGAAACUAAUGACAAUCAAUGUGGAUAUCAUCAUCAUCAUCAUCAUCAUCAGCAGCAGCAGCAACAACAACAACAACAACAACAACAACAACACUACGAACGUGAUAUAAAUAUUGUUGAGGAAAUAGGACGAGUUGAAACUAUCGAGACAGUUGAUGUACAGGGCUCUGAUCAACAAUGGACAACUGCUGCAUAUGCUCUGCAUCAAAAUCAAGAAUCCCUUGAGACUUUUUACGAGGGCAGUAAUAUCGUAUGUAACGCUGCAGAGCAGUCGCAGUAUGAAGAAUUCCAUAUUAGAUUACCAGAAUAUGACGAUCUAGAGAACGAGCGAUACUCACAAUAUAUGAAAGCUCAAUACACUGCAGAGACAAGCAACAUUCAAGUUCAACCAGAGAUUUUGGAGGAGCAAUGGAAUCGAACAAAUUUUACAUCUAAUGAUUUUCCAUCGAUGCCAGACAAUGUUGUUGAUUGUUAUUGGCCACAAAGUUCAUCAUCAUCAGAUAUUUCAAGGAUUCAGAUACCACGAGUAAAUUAUAAAUUAGAAAAUUUACUCAAUUUGGAAAAAACCUCAUAUCAAGGAGAGCAAAUCAAGUUUGAUCAGACAUCUUCCGUAUACUGCUAUACGGCACCAAUUGUUACGCAACGAAUAUUCUCGUCUCCUUCACCUGCUUCCCAAAAGAGUUAUAUGGAUUCGGACGUACAAGCCUCCUCCUCUUCAUUCACCACUAAUUGCUUGAUGCCCACCAGUGACGUUCACGCUCCAUUGAUAUGCCAUCAAUUGUACACCAAUAAUUUUAUGGAUUUGUCAAGUCAUACGCUAUGCGAAGAUACAACAGAUGCUGCUAAUAUUAUUGAUAUUACUGCUACAAUUCACAACAAUACGUGGCUUCCUGAGUAUUCAGCUAUUGAUACCGUUGAUAGUACUCAGUGUUACAAUCGUUAGAGAUAUGCCGAUAAAUCGUUAUUUUUUUUUUCCAAACAAAAAUAAUAUAAUUAUUUUCUUGUUUUUUCUACUAUUUUUCACACAACUAUAAGUAUAUAAAGAAUAGUCUUUAAAAAGACGCCUUGUUCUUCAAUUUCUCACUGAUGGAAAUAAUGGAAGAACGAAUAGCUGUUGCUGUAUAUGUGAAAAGAAUGAAACAAAAACGUGUAGUAGAGUUUAAAUUUGACAAUAGCCAAAUCCUUAAAAUUAUUAUAUUUUUUUUUUUAUUAAAAAAUGUAGUUGGGACAUGAAUCGACAUUUUCUUACGUAUAUUAUAAAUAGAUGAUUAAUCCUCAUAUACCAUUCAUUUGUCUACUCGUUAUUUUCAUCAAUAUAAAUCAAUACAUAAUAGUCUAUCCAUUUUAUACAAUAAAUCUUCUCUUUUUUUCUUAUGCUCAAUGUCUGGAAGAAAUUAUCGAGUGCGUAUCAAUGGAAUUUUUUGAAGAAAUUU